UAGUGUUCUGUGCUUUUGGGACUUUAUCACUUUAGUUUGGUGUCAUAUUUCAUUUUCAUUUUGCAUCUUAUUAUGUUUGACGUUUGUGCUUUGAUUCUAAGACAAAAAUAGUUUCAGAAGGCUUUAUCUGUUAUUUUGAAGAAACCUAGCUACACAAAAUACAAUGCAAAAUCCAAACGAAGACACAGAAUGGAACGACGUUCUUCGUUCCAAGGGGAUUUUACCUCAAAAAGAAAAAGAAGUUUCAGAAGACGAGAUUGUCAACAUGAUCGAACAAGCAAUACAACAAAAACAAGACGAGAAAAACAAGCAGCUUUCUGAACUAGAUCUUGAUGGCCUGGAUGAGUUGGAGGACUCUGAGGAUGAAGCAGUGAUAGAGGAGUACAGGCAAAAGAGGAUAGCAGAGAUGAAACGAUUUGCUGAGAAACCAAAAUUUGGAGAAGUAAGGGAGAUAUCAGGCCAGGAUUAUGUACAGGAGGUUAAUAAGGCUGGUGAUGAUAUAUGGGUUGUCAUACACUUAUAUAAGCAAGGUAUUCAGCAAUGUGCUCUACUUAAUCAACAUCUGAAGGAGCUGUCUAUUAAAUUUCCAUGUACAAAGUUUUUGAAGGCUAUUGCACAAACUUGCAUACCCAACUUCCCUGAGAGAAAUCUGCCAAGUGUUUUUGUUUAUUUUGAGGGUGAGAUGAAGAAACAGUUUGUUGGGCCACAUGAACUUAGAGGAACAUCUCUUACUUGUGAUGAAUUUGAAUAUAUGCUGGGUCAAAUUGGAGCCGUGGAAAGCAAAAUUAAAGAAGACCCCAGACCAAAGAUUAAAGAUAAACUCUUUACAGAUCUUGGAAAUAGUGAUUGGUGAUGGUUUCCUUUGGAAGUUGUUACAUGGUGCUAUUUAAGUUAUCUAUGAUAAUUAUUUAUUGUAUUUAUUCAGAGAUUACAAUUAUUAAGUGUAAUAAAGUAUGUCUUUUUAAUUUA